UCUCUAAAAAUUCUGUUUAUUUUUUUUUUCAUAAUUAAACAUAGCCAAAUUUUAGAUAAAUAUGUUUCAGCGAUUAACAAAUAUAAAUUUUAAUUCUAAAAUGUAUAUUAGACAUACAAAUUUCUUAAGCUUAUUGACACAAAAAGAAUGUUUUAAUCAACGCGGCUUCAGGUUAUUCUCUAGUCACAAGGCUACCUUACGAAAUUAUUAUGAAAGAUCGUUCAAUGUCCACGGCAGUAAAAUUUUUUAUAUUAUACCACGUUUUUUCACAAGUCAGGUGGAUACUCAGAAAAAAAAUGAACAUAUACAAACAUUAAAGGACAAAGAGACACUUGUGUCUUCGGGAAAAAUUAAAGUUAAAUUAAAACCAUCGGAAUUGAAAAGAUUAUUUAGCUUAGCUCAACCAGAAAAAUGGACCCUCACUGGUGCUAUUGGACUUCUUAUAAUUUCAUCAAGUGUGACCAUGGCUGUGCCAUUCUCUCUUGGAAAGGUUUUGGAUAUAAUUUAUGACAGUACCAAUGAUUUACCUGCAGCCAGGGAGAAACUGGAUGCUCUCUGUCUUGUGUUAUGUGGUGUAUUUAUGGUUGGAGGGCUAUGCAACUUUGGCAGGGUAUAUUUGAUGUCAAUAUCUGGACAAAGAAUGACACAGUCACUUCGCAAACAAGCAUAUGGUGCUAUAAUGCGUCAGGAACCAGCUUGGUUCAGUAGGACAUCAACUGGAGAAUUGGUGAACAGGCUCUCUGCUGAUACUCAGCUUGUUGGUAGAAAUUUGAGCCAGAAUGUUAGUGAUGGCUUGCGUUCAUUUGUUAUGGUGUGUGCUGGCACGGGUAUGAUGAUUUACAUGUCACCAUCAUUAGCAUUGGUUGGCCUUUGUGUAGUGCCACCUGUCUCGAUGUUGGGCAUCAUGUAUGGACGCUUUAUAAGGGGUAUUACACGCCAGAUGCAAGACACCUUAGCAGACACUAGUAAGCUAGCUGAAGAGAAAAUAUCCAAUAUAAAAACUGUAAAAGCAUUUAGCAAGGAGGAAGCAGAAUGUACGUCAUAUUCACAGAAAAUUGAAAACAUUCUUAAGUUGGCCUACAAAGAGUCCUUAGCAGUUGGAAGUUUUUAUGGUUUGACAGGUCUCUCCGGAAAUGCUAUAAUAAUCUUGGUGUUAUACUACGGCGGAGGGAUGGUGGCGUCCGAACAAUUGACUGUUGGCAAUUUAACAUCUUUCUUGUUGUAUGCUGGCUAUGUGGGCAUAAGUAUAGCUGGUUUGAGCAGUUUUUAUACAGAACUGAAUAAAGGAAUAGGCGCCGCAACGAGGCUAUGGGAUAUUAUAGACAGGGAACCCACAAUACCUGUUUCAGGUGGUUUAAGACCAAAGGAAAGGCCAAAUGGAGAGAUAGUCUUGGAAAAUGUUUGGUAUUCAUAUGAUGGAGCACCGUUGAUUAAGGGGUUCAAUUUACAUCUCCGCCCGGGCAAAUCCUUGGCGUUAGUGGGUCGUUCAGGCUGCGGUAAAAGCACCAUAGCUUCGCUGAUACUCAGGCUUUACGACCCUGAAAAGGGCAGAAUAUUGUUAGACGGCAUCGACAUCCGUGAAUUGGACCCAGUAUGGUUGAGAAGCCACAUUGGUUUCGUCAGUCAGGAGCCAGUGUUAUUUAGUGGGUCGAUAAAGGAUAAUAUAUUGUACGGUGCACUGGAUGAAGCCAAUGAUGAGCAAGAGUCAGCUCCAAGUCACGUGGAACCAGCGUGGCUGAGGGCCGCACGUACAGCCCAUUUGCAUGAGCUGGUGUUAUCCGGGCCUGAUCGCGGGGAACCCGCCUGGGGUCGCCAAGUUGGCGCGCUGGGUAAUCAGCUAAGCGGUGGACAGAAGCAACGUGUCGCUAUAGCCAGAGCUGUAGUCAAGAAUCCAAAAAUACUAAUACUCGACGAAGCUACCUCAGCAUUAGAUGCAUAUUCUGAAUUCCUAGUCGAUAAAGCUCUCAAAGAGAUCAGUCGGGAUCGAACAGUUCUGACUAUCGCACACCGGCUGAGCACUAUACAGUCGGCCGAUGAAGUAGCCGUGCUAGAAAAUGGUGCGGUAAUAGAAAGAGGUCCAUAUGUGGAACUGAUGGCAAAACAGGAUGGUUUCUUUAGAGAUCUUAUGACCCAUCAGACUUUCGCCUCCAAAUGCAGAGAGAAACGGGAUUCACAAAAAACGUAGUCGAUACUUAAACUAAUUUAUUUUAAAUUUGACACAAAACAGGUUGUAUAUAUACAUAGAUAAAUAAUUGGUGAAUGUUUUGUUUGUAUCUAGUAUAGAUUUUAAUGUAUGUAAAAAAAAAUAAAGUACCAAAUAAUGGUGUAGGUUUCAAUUAAAAAAGAAUAACCGGUUCCUGUUAUUAAAUAACAAUGAUCUGAUCUUAUCAGAAUUGAUGUGGUUGACUAAAUUGUAAUCAUUACCUACUUGAUGUAUUUCCAUAUUUAUUGUACGUUUUAAUUUAUUGCGGUAUUUAUGCCUGUAGUUUUAUGUUUACAAUGUUUCAACAAGUAUUUUGUUAUGCCUUUAUUUUAUUACAUGUAAUUAUCAACUAUGACUGGUAUGUCAGAAGCUGUAAUUUGUGUAGCAUAAAGCGGCUAUUAUAUGUGCACGCAAAACUAUACGAACAAAUAUUAUAUUUUAUCAAUAUUACAAAGAUUCGCUUUAAAUAUUGAAAUAGUAAUUUUCAUAAAUGUAUUGUUAAAUAUUGAUAUGAUUUAUAUAGCAUAGAGUUGUAUGAUAAUUAUAGUUUUGAUUAUAAUUAUUAUGUAGCUCUUGGUCUUCCGUAUAGUUCUAGAGACAUUUAAUGGCACUUUUGCCCGAUAACAGAAAACGUGAAAAUUAUGCCCUCAAUAGAAAAUGCUUCUUAAUGUUUGGUCAGAAUUUUAAUAACGAUAUAAUUGUGAAAUAUACCGUUAUAUGAAUUA